UUUCUAUUUUAAGAUUUUCCAGAACUAUUCCAAACUCUACUUUCUCUGGAACGUUUCCAGAUUGGGGUGUAUAUAUACCCGAGCCCGAUUCGAUUCUAACAGAAGGUAUAACCGGAGAUAUUUUGUUAAGAAAAUCAUCUUUGGUUAUCUACGCAUUCAACAAAAAUGGCUGAGAUCACCGAUCUUGAAGAAAUGGUACAAGAUUACGCCUGGAACGUUCAUGCAACGACCGGAAGUGAAAGAUUAGAUUUAAAGGAGGCUCGUUUCGACAUCAAUUGGGCCAGGACGAAGUUCGUGUCAUCGACUCCAGAGUUUGAAGCUAUAGAUAGCAACAGCUAUGUCAAACAGAAUCCGAAAGGAAAGUCUGCUGGAAGGUUUGGCGAAGAACCAAAUGCCCAGGUGAUUUAUCAAUCCACGUACGUCAACAAUACGAACGGAGAACAUGAACAAAACAUCUCCAUGCAAAGGAGUACCAAGAGUAUCUGCAAAGCUUUUGUUACGAAAGGCUAUACCAAAGGAAUCAACGUUGGUCUCAAACUGGCCGUGCCAGGCGACGUGGCUAACCUCACCACAUCUUUUGGCUACUCUGUAAACUUGACCGAUAACUCAGAAGAAUCAACUGAGGAAACCAUGACCUGGGGGUCCGACUGCAAAGUGAAAGUUCCCAAGGGUCAAAGAAUGUCCGCGAAAAUCUCUGUCACAGAGAAAGAGUACAACGCAAACUUCCGAAUGAAAACAAGUAUUUAUGGAACCGUCCAUGUCGCUAUUCAUAGCAGAGCAGACGACAGGCUUAUAAGGUCUAUCGACGCGCCCAUUACGGAAAUCAUGAGAUGGUAUAGUCAGAAAAAAGGGUUUGGGUCCUGCAGUAUCAAGGGAAACAAAGUGGAAUGGGAGGUCACCGGUGAAUGUUUCUUCAGGUUUGGAGUAGAGCAAACGGUUGAGAUCCAGCCUGUAAGAUCUUGAGAAUAAAAACAAAUUUAUGAAAUCCUGAUCACAGGAAAGAGGUCUUUAUGACUAAUGUUUAUAUUGUAUUAAUGACAAUUUUAUGUUUAUCUAAUGGGUUUUAACAAGAAAAAAUAACCGGUGUUGAAUAAGAAUUAUUUGUAGUUUGUGUUGAUUAAUUGCAAAAUGAACUUUUGCCAAAUGAAUGUUUAAUGAAUGACAUUUAUUAAAUGUAGAUAUGUUUACCUUAGCUUUUAAAAUGCCUGUUUUUAAGAUCGAAUAAAAUAUAAAUCAAUAUU